CCCCCUUCUCCCCACCCAGACUCCAGACUCUGCAGAUGGAGGAGGUGGAAGGAUUCUGCUCUGAAACCUCCAGGAACAAUGAUCUGAGGCUUCCAGUAUGGGGGUCUGUGGUGGGACCACUGCCCUCCUCAUGUGCUUGUCGCUGGCCACCGCUCACCGCAACACCCGGACCAACCUGUGCAAAUGGUGCGACAAUUCUCACCCAGUGUGCGAGGGCGGCGUCUGCUACACCAACUGCAGCCUGAGCUCCUACUGCGAAACCACCGAGGAGAUCUGCGUCACCGUCUGGAAGCAGGACAAUGACAGCGUCCAGGUGAUGUCCCUCUGCCACCACCCUCACCUCCCCCUGGAGAACAUUCUGCUGCCCAGCUACAACACGGCGCGGUGCGUGAUGCAGGCGAUGUCCGCAGACUCCGGCCUCCUGUAUAUAUGCGGCUGUGUGGAGGAGCAGGAGUGCAACGACAAACUCAUAUUCUACAACCAGAGCAACGGUUACUCUCUGCUCCAUAGCCGGGAGGCCGUGCCGGUAGCCGCCAUCAGUCUGCUUCCUCCUCUCCUUCUGGCACUUACCGUCACCGGCCUCUUCUACCUUUACCGUACCCACAGGCUGAGGAAGAGGCCCGAGUCAUGGCUGGAGAGAGCAGCGCACAACGUCCCGUUACAAAGCCGGAGACCGGGCCACGACUUCUGCAGACUAUCCUCCUCACUGAUGUCCGCCUCCCAGUGUAACAUAAGUACGGCCCGCGCCAACAGCAUCAACCACAACACAGAGCUCCUCCCCAUAGAGCUCGACCAUCGCGUUGGCAAGGGGCGCUUCGCUGAGGUGUGGAGAGCCAAGCUGAAGCACACCGAGUCCGGGCACUAUGAGAUGGUGGCCGUAAAGAUCUUCCCUGCACAAGAAUACUCCUCCUGGAAGAACGAGAGCGGCGUAUUCACUGACGCCAACCUGAAGCAUGACAACGUGCUGCAGUUCAUCACUAUGGAGGAGCGCGGCAGCUGCCUGCACAAGGAGUACUGGAUCAUCACCGCGUACCAUGCCAGGGGCAACCUGAAGGACUACCUGUCCCGCCACCUCCUGAGCUGGACCUCUCUGCUGGACAUGGCCGGCUCCAUUGUAAGUGGCGUGGCUCAUCUGCACAGUGACUACACCCCAUGUGGGGCACCCAAGGUGGCGAUAGCUCAUCGCGACAUCAAAAGCAGCAACAUCCUGGUGAAGAGCGACUCUGAGUGUGCACUGUGCGACUUCGGCAUCGCCCUCCGCCUGGACCCGGCACUCACGGCAGAUGACUUUGCCAACAGUGGGCAAGUUGGGACGGCGCGCUACAUGGCUCCGGAGGUCCUUGAAUCUCGAGUGAACCUGGAGGAUAUGGAAUCCUUUAAGCAGAUGGACGUUUACUCCUUGGCUCUAGUAUUGUGGGAAAUGGUGUCCAGGUGUGAAGCCAUUGGAGAGGUAAGAAACUACGAAUUGCCCUUUGGGUCAAUGGUCCGGGAGCGGCCAUGUGUGGAAACCAUGAGGGACGUGGUGUUACAUGGACGAGGGCGGCCGGAUAUUCCCGACAGCUGGAGGAGGCACCCGGGUUUGGACAUCCUAUGUGACACAAUCAUCGAGUGCUGGGACCACGACCCUGAAGCUCGUCUGACCGCGCACUGUGUGGCCGAGCGCUUCAUUAUAAUGAGACAGACUGACUGCGAGGACGGCAGCAGAAACACAAAUUCUCUAUUUAACUCAGGACAAUAUUAAACAUGAAGGGACAUGAAAAAGCGUAACAAGACAUCCUGCCGAUGACGCCAACCUUCACCACAAUAGCACAACAUCCGGCUGGAAGGGGUCCUGCCACAGACGACGCAUUAUCUCAAGGAUAUUAUAUUAUCACAGACUUAUAUAAUCAGAAACAUUUGACUUCUGAUCUGUUUAUCCGACUCUUCUAUAUAAAGCGUAAACCACA